AUGUCCAGCUCAUCGCACCUGACACCCCCCACCUAUUACGGUACAUCAUCAAAUUCCACCCUUGAUAUCGCACUGUUAAAAUGCCUUAACUAUCAUACUAGGAUAUCAGCUGUCACUGAACUUAGUUCCGACCACUGCCCUGUCUUCCUUGACAUUGGUAUUUCUAUGAGCAUCCCCGAAGCUCCUUUCACCUCUACGAUUACCAGCUGGAGCUACUACACCAAAAUCAUUCAUGACCGAAUCCAGGGAAAUCCCACCAUCACCUCUAUAUCUGAUAUUGAUAACUGCAUCUCCACACUUACUGACAACAUGAAAUUUGCUCUUGAAAGAGCCAGUAUUAAGAAAUUCUCUAAACGCCUCCCUCUCCGAUUUCCUCCCAAUAUCAUCAAUCUCAUCAAGUAUAAAAACAGAAUUAAAAAACACUGGCAACUCUCCAAAGAUCCUGCUGUUAAAACUAGACUUAAUGCUGUACAAAAUGAAAUUAAAAAACUUACUGGAGAGCAUAAGUCGACUACUUUUAACAACUAUCUGGGCUCACUUGACAAUAACUCAAAAGCAUUUUAUACACUUGUCAGAAAAUUCUCUAAUAAGACACAUAUUAUGCCCACUAUACAUGCCGAUCAUGGCAAACUGGUUUAUACCACCCAAGAUAAAGCUAGCGCAAUCGCUAGCACUCUUGAAGACAACUUUCAGCUUAAUGCUCAUGAGUAUGACGAGGAUACAAUCUCAGAUGUUAAUCGGAGCAUAAAUCGUUUCUUCCAAGCUCCUCCCACCUCUGUUCCUCCCCCUAUCAUCACCCCUCUUGAGAUCAUGAUUACUAUCAAGCACCUCCCCGUUAGAAAAGCAGGUGGUGAAGAUGCGACCAUUGCCGUGGCUUUGCCAGACAUCGACUACAAAAGUAUGUUAAUGUCAUUCUAG